AACAUUUGCUUCCAGAAUCAAGCUUCCCUAUGAUUAUUAAUAUGGUUCAGAUGUCACAAGUAAAGCAUUCGAUUUAUGUGUGUGAUUAUUAAAAUAUUAAUAAUAAGGUUAAACAUUUCUGUUUGGAGGGUAGAUUGGUUGGAAAGUUAAUUCUAAGGAAAGAAGACAGCUUACUAUUAUUAUUAUUAUUAUCAAAUAAAUUUGUUUGCAGCAGUUGGAUUCGACUCUUUUUGCUUGAUUACGGAGUUAGGCAUCUCUUGAUCACUAUACAUUCUUGUAACCCAACACUCGGCGUUGACGUUCUGGUUUGCAGUUAUGGCUGUGGGAUGAUGAUGCUUUACUGUAAUUGGAGAUGGACCGUCGGAGUUGGUUAUGGAGAAGGAAGUCUUCAGAGAAGAAUCCUGGAGAAACUGACAGCACGGGAUCUAUCUCAUCCCAUUCUGAAAGAUUUUCAGAUGAUCAGUUCAUGAUCCACAGAUACAUACAGCUAGAGAAGUUCUUAUUUGUUUACAUUUUGUCACCAAAGGUAUACCCAACUCACAGUCAGUUGCUAGAAGUUACUUCUAAAGCGGUAGACCCAGAUGAAGAAGUUAACGAUAAUGUUACAACGUUAACACACAAACUUUCUGCUGCUCAUUUGAACAUCAGUACUAUGGAAGAGUUGGUAAAGCAGCAUGCCAAGGUUGCAGAAGAAGCAGUCUCAGGGUGGGAGAAAGCUGAACAGGAAUUGCUGGCUUUAAAGCAACAACAUGAGAUUGCUAUAAAGAAGAAUGUUGGACUUGAAGAUAGAGUUAGUCAUCUGGAUGCUGCACUUAAGGAAUGUAUGAGGCAACUUCGGCAAGCUAGAGAAGAGCAGGAACAAAGAAUCAGUGAAGCUCUUGUCCAGAAAACUCAUGAAUGGGAAUCUAUAAAGUCUGAUCUUGAGACUAAGCUUCAGACAGCUAAAAGUGAAGCUGCAGCAACAGUUGAUUCUGAUCUUCAGCAAAAGCUUGAGGCUGCAGAGAAAGUUAACUCUUCCCUUAAACUUGAGCUCGUUUCUCAAGCUGAGGAGCUAGAAAUUAGGACUAUAGAAAGAGAGCUCAGCACCCAAGCAGCUGAAACAGCCAGCAAACAACAUUUGGAAAGCAUAAAAAGGGUUUCUAAGCUUGAAGCCGAGUGUCGUAGGCUAAAAAACUUAGUUCGGAAGGCAUCUUCUCCAAAGGAUCAUAAAUCCUUGACCGCCUCUUCAAUUUAUGUCGAAUCUUUCACAGACAGCCAGUCUGAUAGUGGGGAGAGACUUCUGACAGCUGAAAGUGACACAUGCAAAAUUAAUGGGCCAGAGAUAAAUGAAUGUGAGCCAAGUUGUUCGGACUCGUGGGCAUCUGCUCUUCUGACUGAACUUCCGCAAUUCAAGAAUCAGAAGCCUCUUGGAAGAAACCUGAUGGUCCCUUCUGUAGAAAUUGGUCUCAUGGAUGAUUUUCUGGAAAUGGAAAGACUUGUAGCUUUGCCUGAUACAGAAAGUGGAAUUGCUUACCCGGAGGCAGGACCGUUAUCAGAUCAAGCAAAUGGUGGUGAAAACCUAUGGAAAGCUGAACUUCAAGCCAUGGUUCACAGAACUGCUGAAUUGGAGGAAAGGUUAGGCAAAUUAGAAGGAGAAAAAGUCAAGUCGGAAAAGGCUUUAACUGAAUGCCAGAGGCAGCUUGAAAUGUCACAAAGUUGGCUAAAGGAAGCAGAGGAAAAGAUGGUUGAGCUGAAAGUUCAGUUAGCUCUUUCAAAUGAAACAAAGCUAGUGAGAGAGAGGGAAAUAGAGCACAUCAAAGCAAAGCAAGAAGUUGCAGAGUCACAACUUGUAGUUGCUGAAGCUGAAAUCAAAACCUUGCUUUCUAAAGUUGGUUUAUUAGGUGAAGAGGUUGAGAAGGAGUGUGCUUUUUCAGCAGAAACUUUAGCAAAGUGUCAAAAAUUGGAGAAUGAGCUUUCAAAAAAGGAAUGUGAAGCUAAUGUUCUGCAUGAGAUUGAGUCCAGGCGUAUUGCAAGUUUUAAUGAACAGUUGAAGAUGAAGCAGGAGAAAGAGCUGACAUUUGCUGCAAGUAAAUUUGCUGAAUGCCAGAAAACAAUCUCAUCUCUUGGUCGUCAGUUGAAAUCACUAAAGAAAAUUGAAGACUUUCUGCUGGAUUAUGACAAAAAUUCCUUAGACCUCACUGGGAUACAUAUUGGCGAACAUUGGAGAUCGCAUUCCUGUGAUAAAUUUGUUGGGGUAGAUUCAGAAUCUCUCUAAUUGGUUGGUGAAUCUUUAAAAUAGGGGAGGAUAAAAAUUAAAUAAAAAAAAUUUCCCACCUUAAUUUUGUACGAAAAUUUAAAAAAAAAUAGGGGAAAGGCGACAAGGAAAAAUAGAUUAUUUACACUUUUCUUUAUAAAUAUUUUACUUGUAAAUAAAAAGGAUAAAAUAGAGAUUAUGCUAUUUUGUUUACCCUUGUUCUUCCUACUGUGAAGCAGGUUCUCGGGGUGGAGUAACUAAAAACAGAAAAGGUUGUCUUUGGAACCCACCGUUGAAACUAUUGUAUACAUAGUACUUUUGGACAAGAAAAUACAUAGAAAGGAAAAUAUAGUUAGCAGCACGUGAUAUUCAUGUGCUUCUUAUUGUACUCUAUUUCUUAUAUUAUCCUUGCAAGAAUUUAAUUCAAAUAAUUUUUGUAUUAUUUUUUUAUUUUAUUGUAAAUAAAAUUCUUCUUA